AUGUCUAACCGUUCGCCGUGUGCGUUCGUCAGGUCACCCGCUCCCGGGGCGGCGACAAGAAGCGGUUCAACUCUCGCGCUGAGCGGCGAACAUCGUACAAACGUGUAUUUCACGAAAGCCACAGAUGGAGAUAACGCACAUUGUCGUCUUAUCGUGGCGACGGGUCUUUAUGGCUGUCAGUCACGCGAACGUUAUUGCCGCGAUACAAAUUGUGAAAUGUCCCUCUUACUUCGUAACCGAGGAGAACCUACACCCAGAUCGCAAACCAACGCAUCAGAGGAGGCCGGGCGCGUGGCGCCCUCGAUGCAGCUGGCGUCGGCAGUUAUUCCGCAGAUUUGCAGCGAUAAGGUUUCGUCGAUCGAUUCCUUCUAUUCUCGUCCCACUCUGCCGCCUGAGCCUUCGAGCUAG